CUUCCAACUCCGAUGGCGGGUUUCAGUUCUCUGAUUCCUAGAACGCCUCUGAAACGCGCCGUUGCUAGAGCAACCGGAAACCUAACGGCGCCGUUAGCUACUGUUUCUUCCGCACGAAACCUCUUCACCGGAUUAGGAGGAGGUAAUGGUGGUGAGCAAGGAAUGUUUUCUCAUUUCAAUGGAAUAAGUAAUCAUCACAUAGCCAUUCGUUCAAGUCCAUUUCAUCAUCUUCUUGGGGCCAACCAAACAAACAAGCCCGCUUUUUUAAGGGUCCAAUCGAUGAGCUAUCAGUUUGUGGCUGAUCCCCAUUCAUCUCAUAGACGUUCUCUGGAAACUGAGGACGAGCAAGAUGUUGAGGAGGAAAAAGCUGAAACCCCUAGGAAGCAUCAAACUGGGGAGAACAUACCCAAGAAGGAUAAAAUAAAGUUUCUUGUGAAUACUCUUCUUGAUAUCGAAGAUAACAAAGAGGCUGUUUAUGGAGCUCUGGAUGCUUGGGUUGCUUGGGAACGCAAUUUCCCCAUUGCUUCCCUCAAAAGAGUCAUAGCUAUUCUUGAAAAGGAACAUCAAUGGCAUCGAAUGGUUCAGGUAAUAAAGUGGAUCCUAAGUAAGGGACAAGGGAACACGAUGGGGACAUAUGGACAGUUGAUACGGGCGUUGGAUAUGGAUCGUAGAGCAGAAGAGGCGCAUGCUAUCUGGCGUAAGAAAUUAGGGAAUGAUCUGCAUUCCGUGCCUUGGCAAUUAUGCUUACAAAUGAUUCGCAUUUAUUUCAGGAACAACAUGUUACAAGAACUUGUAAAGCUGUUUAAGGAUCUGGAGAGUUAUGACCGCAAACCUACGGAUAAAAAGAUUGUGCAGUCAGUGGCGGACGCUUACGAGCUUUUAGGAAUGCUUGAGGAGAAAGAAAGAGUAUUGACUAAGUAUAGCAAUCUGUUUCUCGGUACAGCGUCAGAUGAUAAAUCAAGAAGAUCUUCAAGGAGGAAGAAGAAGAAACCAGGAGUGAUGGAUCCUGAAGCAACCACAGAGGAUGCAGCAGAAGAUGAGUUACAAGAAGGGAUCGAAGAAAAUGUGGAAAAUCACCAGGAAUCAAAAGAAGCUGCCGCUGAGAAACGAUCCGAAUAAGUUGUGUACUCACUAGUAUUAUAGUAGUGUUGUAUCAACUGAACUAGAACAAUAUUUUUGCCUAUUUGAUUAAGUUUUAUACAUCA